UUCUCAUUUCCUUGUUGCAUGUGAAUAAGAAGUUCAUUAUUAUAUGAAAACAAGAAAGAGUUAAUGGCAAGUGAACCUGAGCAAUCUGUUGAAGAAUGUCUGGAAUAAUCGUAUACAUUUUAUUUGCAUCCAUUCAUGGAAUUCUUCAUGCAGCUGACAUACGACUAGUAAAUGGCUCAAAUCCAUGUGCUGGAAGAGUGGAAGUCUAUAAUAAUGGUGAAUGGGGCACAGUUUGCGAUGACAGCUGGGGAAUGGACGAUGCUGAGGUUGUCUGUAGAGAAGUGGGAUGUGGUACAGCUAUUUCAGCACCAUCUAGUGCUCACUAUGGAUCAGGGACUUUGCCAAUAGUUCUGGAUGAUGUAGCCUGCUUAGGAUCUGAAUCUUCACUUAAACAAUGUCCUUCCAGUGGAUGGAAGCAACAUAACUGUGGACAUACAGAAGAUGCAGGAGUUCAAUGCAGAGAUGAAUUACGACUAGUAAAUGGCCCAGACUCAUGCUCUGGAAGAGUAGAAGUCUUUUAUAGAAAUGAUUGGGGUACAGUUUGUGAUACUACUUGGGACAUGAAGGAUGCUGAAGUUGUCUGUAGAUACCUGGGAUGUGGAUCUGCCAUUUCAAUACCAAGAAUUACUGAAUAUGGAGAAGGAAAUGGAUCAAUAAUCCUGGAUGCUGUAAACUGUCAAGGUAAUGAAAGCAAACUGAAGGAAUGCCUUUCCAGGGAAAGGAAUUCAGGUACCUGCUCCCAUUAUCAAGAUGCUGGAGUCCGGUGCUCUGUUAAACUCCUACAGCCUACAAUUUUUAUGGAUACCAGAAGUGAAGAUGUUAAAAUGGGAGCAAAUAUCACAAUAAACUGCGCAGCUCCAGAACAGUACCCUGCCAACAUGUUUCUACUUUAUGUGUCUGACAGUGUCCUACUUAAUUCUUUUGACGUGGAGAAUCAGAGAGUAACAUUUAAAGUCAAAAACUUUUGGUGGAUAGACCACGUAAGUCUCAAUUUGUUGCUUCAUGUAAAAUAUAACUGUACAUAA